CUCGGUGCUGGUGUCGUAGGCCGGGUUGGGAGACUGCCGGUCUGUGUCCUCAGCGGUUGGUCAGUGUGAGGCUGUGACAGCUGCAGUUGCUCCCCGCCCCGGAGGAGCCGAGGUGCGUGGGGGGAGGGGAAGGAGGCAAAGUCCCCGGUCGCGUUUCCGCUCACUUCUCAGGGUUGAGACGAUUCCAGAGAGCUGUGGCAAAGAUAAUCCUCGACGUGAGAGCUGCCGGGUUCCCAGCCGACAGGUGCCAUGAAGACAGGAACACAACACGUCUUUUUUGGUUCACUGCUGAGUCCCUAAGACCUAGCUGAGUGCCUGACACCUAAGUAUUGAUUGACAUGCCAGGAGUCUACCAUGGCUCAAGAAUCUCCCAAAAAUUCAGCAGCAGAAAUUCCAGUGACUAGUAAUGGAGAAGUUGAUGACUCUCAUGAACAUGGCUUUAAUAGGGAUUUGAAACGUUCAUUACCAGCCGGACUUGGUCUCUCAGAAACCCAAAUUACAUCUCAUGGCUUUGACGGUACCAAAGAGGGGGUUACUGAAGCGGGAGCAUUUCAAGGUUCCCCAGCACCACCAUUGCCAUCUGUUCUGUCUCCUAGCAGGGUUGCAGCUAGUCAACUGGCUCAACAAGGAAGUGAUUUAAUUGUUCCUGCAGGUGGCCAGAGAACACAGACAAAAAGUGGACCAGUUAUUCUAGCAGAUGAAAUUAAAAAUCCUGCAAUGGAAAAGUUAGAACUUGUUAGAAAAUGGAGUCUAAACACCUAUAAGUGUACUCGACAAAUUAUCUCUGAGAAGCUAGGCCGUGGAUCAAGAACUGUGGACCUUGAACUUGAAGCUCAGAUUGAUAUAUUAAGAGAUAACAAGAAAAAAUAUGAAAAUAUUCUAAGACUGGCUCAGACAUUGUCGACCCAGCUUUUCCAGAUGGUGCAUACCCAAAGGCAACUUGGAGAUGCGUUUGCUGACCUGAGCUUGAAGUCACUAGAACUCCAUGAAGAAUUUGGCUAUAACGCAGAUACCCAGAAGCUGCUGGCUAAAAAUGGAGAGACUCUUCUUGGAGCCAUUAAUUUUUUCAUUGCCAGUGUGAACACUUUGGUGAAUAAAACAAUUGAAGAUACAUUAAUGACUGUGAAACAGUAUGAAAGUGCCCGGAUUGAAUAUGAUGCAUAUCGCACUGAUUUGGAAGAACUGAAUCUUGGACCACGUGAUGCAAAUACUCUGCCAAAGAUUGAGCAGUCACAGCAUCUGUUCCAAGCACAUAAGGAAAAAUAUGAUAAAAUGCGCAAUGACGUUUCUAUCAAGUUGAAAUUUCUAGAAGAAAAUAAGGUCAAAGUGUUGCACAACCAGCUGGUCCUUUUCCACAAUGCCAUUGCCGCUUACUUUGCUGGGAAUCAGAAGCAGCUUGAACAGACACUUAAACAGUUCCAUAUCAAAUUGAAAACUCCUGGAGUGGAUGCCCCAUCUUGGCUUGAAGAGCAGUAAAUUCACUCCUGGAAAAAAGAAAGAAGCAAAGUCACAUUGUCAUAUUUCUAAACAAACCUAAUAAGAAUUAAGCAGAGUUGGGGGAAGGAGGAAGGGUGACAACCAUUAUAGAGAUUCUUGCACAAACAGUUUUAAUUUUUUCCCUUUUUCAUAUUUUAACAAUUAAAACUGUUAAAUUUGACAGGAAUGUGGGUGGUUUUAAUCUAAGCAUAAUUUCUAUAAUCUGAACACACACAAAAAUUUUCCUUUUUGAGAAAUCCUUUUGUAUUGUGAGGGUUGAUGGCUAUUUCUGUAGUUUGAAAACAUCUCAUAUAGAUUUGCACUGACCAGAUAAAAAUUCAAGGCUUUUGGUCCUGGAAAUGAGGGCCAGUUGUAACUUUUCCAAAGGGAGGUUUACAUGAUUUGUAUCAACAUCAGAUAUUUUAUAUAUGAAUAUAUUAAACGUCUUUAAGAGAUUCAUUUUCAUGUAUUGUCUUAAAGAAAAAAGAACCUAUUUUGCAGAGUGAAAUUAUAUGGUGUUCCUGCGGCAUCCACACAGAGAUGGCCGCUCUAAUGAAUGAUUGGCUUGUGGAGCUGUGGCAGAUACCUUUUCAGAAAUGAAUCUGUACCACCGUAAUUUUGUGUAGACUUUUUUUUUAAGACGCAGGAAUCACACUGUCAUUUCUAUGAGGCUUUUGAGCUUACGGAUUUGCAUCAUCCAAAGUCACAGGACGGUUAUGUUAGCAGUUUCAUUUGAUUCAUAAUGAAACCUGCUUCAGAGAAUUUUUUUUUGACAGGUAGACUUGGGAAUAGAAAUUAAUUUUUUUGGUAAAUUCCAUUUUGACAGAAGUGAACUCCUAGACAGCCUUCAUUGACUUCCAUGUGUAACAAUACCGGUUAAGCCUUAAAUCACAGGUAUGUGCCUUCUCAGAUGAAGUAAUUCUCAUUCAACCAAUGUACAUAAUCCAUAAGGAAACCCCUUUCAGAUAAUGUAUGUGUCUGUUCCUUCCUCGAAAAGGAGCACUGUGUGUAAAUGUUGGGUUUCUUUGUAUUUGUUAAACCACGUUUAGGGUUUAUGGUGAAAUCAACUUUUGAAUUUACGGUUUGGUUUUUCUUCAUUCCUCUUGUGGAAUGGGAAGACGAAAGAAUUUUUUUCAUUUGAGUAAUGGAAAGGCGAUAUGGACAUUGUGGUGGUAAGAAGAAGAAGGGGGUUGGAGAGGCCAGUGCUGUUUUAGUUGCUCAGCACUGGUUUUGUGUUAUGUGGUUGGCUUGUCAGCUUUGUGGUUGCAUCAGGAAUGUAAUCCUUUUUAAAUAUAAGUUCUUUUGAUUUUUGUCAUAGACAUUAAUAUUUUGAGAGGUAUCCCUUCAUCUGUUCAUUUCUUUUGUGUUGAAAUGAAGUACUUAAAAUUACUGUUAUACAUGAACUUUGUGGACUGUAAGAUUUGUUAUAUAUGUUCAAAUGCCUUCUAGCUGGCUUUUAAAAUAAUAUGCCUGUUUCCAGUGCUUAAUACAAUGUAAUGUGAUUGUAAAUCAUAAACCUGUUUCAAAUCAUUCCCUCCUGUAUAUUUGUAUUCUGAAAGAGCCUUAUUUUAUUCUUCCAGCAGAAUUACUACUUGUGAUAGUGCAUUUACAGUCCCCAGAAUGUGCCUCUGGUGUGAAUUUUGUAUUCUUAUUAAAAGUGUUUGCUGCAG